AUGUCAUCGGUUUGGAACCAUGUGCAGGGCCGCUCGAGAGUUUCCUCUCUAAGAGCGGCGCACUUGUUCAAUGCCCGUCCAUGGCGGAAGGUAUACACACUCUCAGGACUGGUGGAGCCCAUGUUUCAGCUCGACGAUCAUGAUUAUGAAGAACGCGAGGUGGAGGGCAGUCCGUUAGGCGGAUCGUGGUCUCAUUUGCGACCAGACCCCUCGCUGAAUCCGUCCCUUUUCUCGCACCUAAACAAUCAGCAAAAUCAAGAACUAGACGGGGAGAACUAUGAUCCAGAUCGACAUUUGCUUCCCGGGGAGAAAUCAUCAAGUGAAGACCCCUCGGAUAGCUCCCCACGAUCAUAUCACAAACCUAGGACACGGGACGCUCGGAGACCUUCUAAACACGAAGCAAACCAGGCGUUUAACCCCACCCCAACCGAAUACCUUUUGGAUAGCCUCCGGAGGACAGAGUCCCUCAACUGGUCAACACAAAAUAAAGAUCCUAGCCAGCCCCUCCAACCUAUCCUGUGUCCCUAUCAAAGGUGGAAAUUUCGGCGCCACCAUCGACCCUCGUUGCAGGCAAUUACCGCCGAUUAUAUUCGCUAUGUGGAACCGUGCUUGGAUCUUGACUCGCCUGCAGAGCUACCUUUGAAGGGUGCUUUACAAAAGGUCUUUAGCGAGAAGACUACCAAAUACCUCACGGCCCGCCAGUAUGAAGUCGCAGAUGUCGCCGCAUGGGCGUGGGUGCUCAGGAGCAAGACCCUCUGCCGGGCCGCUCUCCGGCUCCUGGCACUCGAGUCAUCCCAGAAGACAACGAGCAACUCUACCUCUCGAAUACCGCCUUUUAUCCCUCUCCUCCUACUCCGAGAACCACUGGACUCGAGAACCUUCCGUCUGCUUUUGGUCUAUUCUCUUCACCUUAUAAGCGGCAAACCGUUGCCUCCGGCUGGCUUGUCCGGAGAGCUCCUAUCGGACGAGUCCAUCCUCGAAGAAAUCCAGCCAUCGGAAAAUGCCAACCCAUUGCUCGACCCCAACAUGUGCGCCUCUUUUGUCGUCCGCCUCCUUCAUCAUGCACGCGAAUUGUGGCCAUCAGCCCAGCUUCCUAUCGCCCGUGCUUUCGCGUUCUAUCUCAAUUGCUUCACCGGAGAUGGAUCGCAUCGGACAACCGCGACACCGAAGACUGACCGACUCAUGGCGCAGAAAAUGAACAUGUGUCUUCGAUUACUUUCGCUGCCCUGUAAGUCGGGGCCGUUUACCUCCGUGCCAAUACAGCAGCAGGCGCAAUUUGAACUUCUCAAAGCCAUGUCGAAGCACCAGCCUCCUCUUCCAGUCUCUCGACGCGCCUACCAGGGUAUUAUUGCUGUGCAACUUGCGCAUAAGAAGACCGCCGCCGAGCGCCAGUCAGCCCGCUUAAAGGCACCUUCGUGGCCCCCAUGGAAGGAAGAAAAACUAGGCAUAGACUUUGAGCGCGGUGUCGAAGGGAUGACGAGCCGUGCCAUGCGUGUGAUGUCUCAAAUGAAAGAAGCCGGCUAUGCUCAUUGUCGCUGGGAGGAGGUCUCUUCAAUUUAUGCAGGCUGGGACACCGAUAGGAGCCCGACCAUACAGACAAGAACUCUAAUGCGGCAGCCCACAGAUAUACGCGGCCCUCUUGGAGAUCCCGCACAUCACACCAUUUGGGAAGCUCGAAUCCGCACGACGCGAACGGUCCGUGAAGCGUGGGCUUGUUUUCUCUCCCACCGAGACCAGGGGUUACCGCCUUGCGGCAAUAUUUACGCCGCCAUGGCCGAGAAGUUGAUAUUCCGAAGAGAAGCCGUCGAGCGUGGCUUUGACCCUGCUAGCGAUGUUCUACCCGGCGAUGGCCGGGAGACCUUCCCGGAACCAUCGUCUGCAAGAGACCUGAUUUAUGUGCAUACGGAACCCCCUACAUUGGAUGAGCUUCUCCAGCAGAUGCUCCUGCAGGGGAUCAAGCCACGAGGAAGAUUUUUGGCUUUGCUACUACGGACUGCGCCGUCGUUCAGCUCCGGAAUAAAUUACCUCUGCUGCAGCGAGCUGAAAACCGAUGAGGUUCACGCAUUGUGCACUGUCUGGGGCCACACGUCUAGUUACGAAAACAGCCGGAAAGCCUUGGAGGGACUCCCUGAUUAUCUUUUCUCGUCCUUCAUACGGUUUCUAUGCAAGUUCUCGGACUUUGAUCGAUCUGACCUUGCGCAUGGUGCACGCGCGGUCGAUAUAUUCCCAAUCCUCAUGAGCGACCCACCAGACUCACCAUCAACAACUACUACUUUGCUUCCACAUAACGAAGAAUUCGGGCUGGAUGGAGAGGGUCGACAUCCCAAAAUACUGUCGCAUGCCAUCCAUCUUGUAAGAGCGCGAAGGUCAAGAGCCUCGCAGCCUUGGGAUUUUGUCCUGUCCGCUCUGGGUAAGACGCGUGUCACGGACCCGUCCCGCAAGAUUGGCCGGACUACGCAAAUCGUCCUGGGCUGGUACGAAAUGCUGGAGACUCUUCGAUGGAGGAAACAGUGUAACGUCGAGCCCAGUCUCCAGGGACUGCGAGCGCUCUGUGCCAGUUUCUCGCAAGUAGUGGCCGCCGGGGUGCGGAGUCCCGACGCCGUUGAGGAAGGGCUGGAAGUCGUUCGACAAGCUGCCUGGCGACAAGGGCCAGAGCUUGCGCACUUACAUUUCCUCUCCCCCGGGUUCAGCAAUUUAGUGGAGCAUGGUCUUGGCAUCCUCAAAAGCCAGUUCGAUCAUCUUGUCCUUCUGGACCCCACCACGUCGUCCCUGUUUGAACGGGGCGCGUCAUCUCUCGAGAAUGCCACCGAGGCGCAGGUGAAACUGCCACCGCUAUUCCAGGUCCCCUCGCCGGCCAUCCUGCAUGCGUUUGUGCGGGCGCUCGGUUUAGCGGAGGACGUUGACGGUUUGCUCAGUCUGCUGCGGUGGAUGAGCCAGCACGCGCAGACGCUCCAAGCGGCAUCUGAGGAGCACUUGAACGGCGAGCGGAUGAUGCGUCGGACGUUGGUGGCUACCCGCAUGUUUCUCGAGGGAUACUGGGGACGAGGAGGAUGGGAAUCGUAUCGCUGGUAUGAUACUCUGGAACAAGACGAACACGAUCACGAUCACGAUCACGAUCACGAUCACGAUCACGAUCACAGCAGUGAAUAUCCGGAAAUUUACGAGGAGGAGUCUCCUGAUGAGGAGCUGGUGUUCGCCGACCCCAACCUUCAGGAGGCGUAUGACAUCGUGGUUGCGACACCGAGCUUGGGGCCGUGGCCGACCGCAGAGGAGGUACGAGAUUAUGUCCAGCAUCAUAAAUGAAAGAUGGACAAGAAAUGUACAAUAGAAUAUGU